ACUUGGGUUGUUUUUUUACUAUCGAACUGACUAUUUUUGUACUAUCGAAUAUUGCACACGUUUUGAGGAAAAUACAACAUUUACAAUUAGGAUUGUUUGUCUGGAUGAUUCUAAUGUUGUUCCUGUUGCUGUCGUUAUUGCUGUUUGUUGUCCACAAAGUUAUGUCUGCUGCUGUUCCUUGAAAACUGUAUAUGACCGCAGUAUGUAGCCUAAACGUUGCAACAACUGGUUAUGUCUUGAUUAAAAAAAAAAAACAACUUGAUAAAAAUAUAAAGUUGUUUAUUAGUAUUUUCCUAUUUGGAAUAGGGUUGCAUAAGCUAUUUGUAUUUGAAUAAGCAGCUAUGUGAGAGGGUUAUACAAUAAUGUCGAUGUAACGUUUUGUUUCUAGGCAAGAAAUGUGGUGUGUGGUCCUUGUUUCAGAAAAGUUUGAGGUUUCGAGUAGCCUAAUAAUCAUUAACAUAAAGCCUAAUAAUAAUUGCAAUAACGUUUGGUCAUGUUCUUAAAAGGAAGUCUAAGUAGAAAAAUGCUUCCACGAAUAAUAAAUUAUAAAUACAUUCUUUAUUUUAAAGCUUCUUAUCUUUAAGGACUUGAAAAUCGUCGUACGAGUGCUGAAAUGCAUAAUGAGAUACAUGCCGUCACCUGCAGGACAACCGCAAAAUUACACCUCAACUUAAAACAGGCUAUAGCCUUCGGUAGACUAUUCAAUGUGACUUUAAAAUCAUUCACAUUGUUUUGUUUUAUUUUAUUUCAUUUUGUCUAUUUACUUUUAUUUCAGCACGUUAUAAACACGACUCUUAAAGCAAGCAAAGCGUAGAAAUCUUCCCAAACGCUGUGGAGAGCUAAUAUCUAUCAUUAUCGGGAAAGGGCAUCUAUGUGGUGUUUAAAUUAUAUAUAAUCUAAGAAUAGAAACGGGUGCAAUUCAUAAGAGAUGUGCAUAGUUCUAUAAAUCUUCAACUGUGAAUGAAUGACGAGGUAAAUAGAGGUACAUCUAAACCACCACUAGAUGGUGAUCUACUUUAAUGGCUGCACAAGCAAAGGUUCCAAAACAGUUUUUGCUGUGAUGCCAUAGAAGAACUUUUUUUUUUUUUUUUUUUUUUUUUGUUCCCCAAGGAACCUUUCAGUGAACAGUUCUUAAUAGAAACAUUUUUUUCUUGUGUGAAGAACAUUUUAAUAAUUUAAAGAACCUUUUCCUACUAUAAAGAACUUUUUGUGAAAUGGAAAGGUACCAUGGAUUUGUGUUCACUUGUUCAAGCUGUUGUAACAUAUUGAAAUGUGAAGUGAAACGGCAAGGAAUCUAUCUAGAUCCUAUAGGAUACAGCUCAAAAACGUUAAUAUUCAUAGCAUUAACAGCAUUAUCAUUAUACAGAGAACAAUCUUGUGUCAGUUUUUUUUUUUUUUUUUUAGAGUUUUAGGUAGCAACGUUUUCGCGCCACAUUUCACAGUUAAACCAGCUGCUUUAUCUCUACCACAUUUCCAUAAUUAUAGAGGCUAAGCUAAAUGAAUCCGAAGUUCAACCAAAGACAAAACAAUGUCUGGUUUCUAGAUAAUUAGCUUUUCUGUAAACGAAUCACGACCUCAAGAUAAUUGAAACUGUCUUCGUUCGUUAGCUUAUGGCACCGGACAACCAGAACGUAUGUAGGUGCUGAACUAGAGCUGAAACUUAGGAGUCCUGAAGAUAUUCGCUUGUCAUCUUAUCAAAGUAGGCCUAAACGAGGUUUUAUAUUAUGCAUAAUGAAGACAGUUUUUAAGUCGAAUUUUAACGAUAGAAUACAAUAGCACAUAUAAUUGCGAGGUUUUCAUUACUAAAUGAUUGUUUCUAUCCAAUGACAAUGUUUUAAAAAAGCGUUUUCAUUCAAAAAUGCUUGACCAGGGGCCAGCUUUGUCACCGCUUAGCUCUUUUCAUCAUCAUAAGCUCCUGCUGUUAUUCCUCCGGUACCUCAGCUUGUCAAGGAAACAGGCAGAACACAGGGAGUUGAAAUUUAGUCUGUUUUAUUUUAUUUUAUUUUAUUUUAUAUUUUAGUAUCUAUUCAGAGACAUUUUCUCUACAAGAAACUGUAAUUUCCAAGUGAAUGUGAUUCUCAAGUCUAAUUAUAUUAGACUAUAGAUAGGGCUACAUUUUCUCUCUGAAGCCAUAUUUAUUAGUCAGAAUAUUUGACACAUCAGUUAGUCAGUUAUUUAUUCCCGUAGGGAAAGUAUUUGUAUCACAAUCACACAGAAAUCAAAGAAACAUAGUUGGCAUAUAAGCUACAAAGAACAAGUAAAUUUAAGUGAAUUUAAUUUAACCAUCAAUUAACACUAUUAAAAGAAGACAAAAAAUGAUUUUUAAUGACUUCACGCGCACAGUUAAACAGUCUAACUACACACACACACACACACACACACACACACACACACACACACACACACACAAUCAUAUUUAACCUUACCAUUUCUAUAUGAUUUUGUUAUAUAAUAUACUGUAAUAAUUAACGAUGAUCAUGCACCAUAUAUUAAAAUUAGAUAAUGAGUGUAGGCCUACAUACAUAACCGAAUAACGUAAACCCUUUAUUUGAUGAACCACUGUUUAUUUUCCUUAUAUGCCUUAUUAUUUUAAGUGGGCGCUAUAGACCAAAGAUUCAGAUGGUAUUCUUUGGUAGGCAAUUAUAAUUUUAUAUCCUUGUUGGUUGAUUAUUUCAAACCUUUAGUUGCAUUUGUCUUUGAAUCUACUGAAUCCAUUAGACAUUGUGGAGCGUGUUUUGUGUGCAGGUCACGGUGCAUUGUUUCAGCAGAUACAAUUUUUCUACCGCAGAGUCGUUACCCUCUGAAUGACCCCAUCGCGUGCUCGCCUCCAGUCUGAUGGUUUAGGUAGUCCCGCCUUUAACCAGAGGGUGGCGCGCGGCUACAAUCUUUGGCCGACCAAACAACAGCUAGUUCGGCGAAACUCUUGUUGCGCGCUCCCGUGUCCAAACAAUUCCACCCUGAUUUCCUGCUUACGCGUGAGUUUACCGCUGGAGGUCACGGAAUAGGAUUUACGACUGGUCAACAAAAACACGUGACUCUAAGCCGUACCCCAUAUUUGGGAGCCUACGUAAGGGAGCAUUAAGUCUGUGUCUCACUCAUUUCCAUAAUUCAUCAUAAAUUGUGCAAGGGUGCAAUAGAAGCUCAAAACCAUCAAGCGAUACAAAUCAAACACACGGCAGCAUAGUUCUCAACACAAAGGUAGUUGUAGUAACUAAAAAUAAUUAUAAGGUAAUUGUCAACCAAUGAGCUCUUAUUUUGUGAACUCAUUUUGCGGUCGCUAUCCAAAUGGCGCGGACUAUCCCUUACAUAACUAUGGAGACCACAGCUCUAGUGGCCAAUGCAGAGAUUCUUCGGGCAUGCAUUCGGGCAGGUAUGCUUAUGGCUACAAUGGAAUGGAUCUCAGCACCGGGCGCUCUACCACCGGACACUUUCUCUCAUCUGUUGAGCGAACUCAAAGCUACACAGACAGUCCAACUGCGACGCCUGUCCGGUACAGUCAACCGGUUACCGCGAGCAGCGCUGAGACUUCCUCUGACCCUCUCCCCUGCUCAUCCUUAGCCAACUCUCCUGUCAGCGAGCAGUCACACCGCGCCCUGAAAACCUCUCUACCGAGCACCGCUGGCUCUGAGACCAGCAGCGUCGGGACGGUUCUCAAUCGCGAGGACGUCUCUAAAGCGUCCAGCAUUAUGGAGGAAGAAAAGCCGCCGGGAAGUGCGCAGACAGCCUCACAGAAUGUAUCCGAGGCGCCGCAGAUUUAUCCAUGGAUGCGAAAACUUCAUAUAAGUCAUGACAGUUUGGCCGGACCGGAGGGGAAAAGGCCCAGGACAGCCUACACACGCUUCCAGACACUUGAGCUUGAGAAGGAGUUCCACUUCAACCGAUACCUGACACGUCGCCGACGGAUUGAGAUUGCACACACGCUCUGUCUCUCAGAGAGACAAAUCAAAAUAUGGUUUCAAAACCGCAGAAUGAAAUGGAAAAAGGACAACAAAUUGAAGAGUAUGAAUAUGGCGGCUGCAGGAAGCGGAUACCGUCCCUGAAAAUGUGUUUAUAAUGUAAAUGUGCAUAUAUAAACUAAAUCUGUUAGUGUUUCAGUUUGUGUGUGUGUGUGUAUGUGUGUGUGUGUGUGUGUGUGUAUGCGCGGGUGCGCGUCAGUUUCCUUAAAGUGUGCUUUACAAGGGGAUGAAGGUUUUUCCCAUUUCACAAAAGAACUUUCAACUGGUCGUGAGAGUUUUGCGCCCUGUGUGCGGCCUUUGUCAGAAUAAAAAUAGUAAUAAUAAUAAAAACAAUUCCCCUCCAUGUUUUCAUGUAAUGUUGCUAAAGUGGAUAAAUCUUUGCAUUGUCUUACAAAAGCCACAUGAAGGUGUCAAUUAAUAUAACACGUUUUGACGAAAAAUGCUUUAUGUUUUUAAGGUGCAUUGGGUAAGGCAACCUAUAAAAGUAUUUAACUCUUGCUAAAUGAAGCAUAACUUAAAUACGUUUUUUUUUUUUUUUUUUUUUUUUUUUUUUAAAUGUGUUUUGUUUGUAAAUAUGAAUUGAUAUAUUUUAUGUAUUUAUAGUAAUUCGAUAUCAAAUAUCGAUUGUAUUUAAUUCAUUGUAAAGCUGAAGUAGAAGAUCUGUUAUUUUUCGUGUUGUACUGUCAUCUUUGUGUAGGUAUUGAUAAAAUCGUUAUGUUCAGACUUGUCCGUAUAUUUGUCGUGUCCUCAUUUUUAUAGCCUACUUGAAUAUGUUUGUGUGUUUUACUCAAAUGUUCAACUCGAAUUAUUUAAUUUACUUUCUCGUGAAAUUUGAAUGAUAACUGGAAGUGCAGAAAACAAUGUGGCCAACGAUAAAUGCAAUGUUCCUAACAAUAAAGUUUUUACCUAAAAUA